GCAGAGAAACAGUGAACGGAAGUGCCUUCACAGCGCCAGAAGUCACAUUUAAUUGAGAUAAAAUCGGGUGUUUGUUUUGUUUUUGAGUUAUUAUGGAUAUCCUCAAAGCGGAGAUCGCAAGGAAAAGGAAGCUUUUAGAGGAGAAACAGUUGGUAGAUGACACAAAGAAAUAUUUUAAACGGGCUGAUUUGGCUCGUAAAGAAGAGGAGGAUUAUUUCAGAAGAUGCGGAUACAAGGUUUCUAAUGAACAUCCUGUGAGACAGCUGGAGGAGAAGGAAGAGGCGCAUCCGUCUGCAUCAUCCAAUCCCGUGUUAGAACUGGAGCUCACGGAGGAGAAGCUUCCAAUGACGCUCUCUCGACAGGAGGUCAUCAGGCGUCUCAGAGAACGUGGUGAGCCGAUCCGUCUGUUUAGUGAAUCUGAUUACGAUGCUUUUCAGAGACUACGCAAGAUUGAAAUUCUAGCACCGGAAGUGAACAAGGGUUUGAGGAAUGAUUUGAAGGCUGCCAUGGAUAAGAUCGAUCAGCAGUAUUUAAAUGAGAUUGUGGGUGGAGAGGGUGCAGAACUGGACACACAGCAUGAUCUCAAAGUACAUGAAGAAAAUACCACCAUUGAGGAGCUGGAGGCUCUGGGAGCGUCUCUUGGCACAGGUGAUGAUGUCAGAGACAUGGACAUCAUAGAUAAAGUAUUAAGGUUCUUGCUGGGCGUGUGGGCCAAAGAUCUUAACAGCAGGGAGGACCUUGUUAAACGUAGCGUGCAGGGCAAACUCGCCAGUGCCACCCAAAAACAGACAGAAUCUUACUUGAAACCACUUUUCAGAAAGCUACGGAAGAAGAAUUUGCCAGCAGACAUUAAGGAGUCCAUCACAGACAUCAUAAAGUUUAUGCUGGAGAGGGAGUAUGUAAAGGCAAAUGACGCCUAUCUGCAGAUGGCUAUAGGGAACGCUCCGUGGCCCAUCGGUGUGACCAUGGUGGGCAUCCACGCUCGUACUGGACGUGAGAAGAUCUUCUCCAAACAUGUAGCCCACGUGCUCAACGACGAGACCCAGAGGAAAUAUAUCCAAGGUCUGAAGAGGUUAAUGACAAUCUGUCAGAAACAUUUCCCAACAGAUCCCUCAAAGUGUGUGGAGUACAACGCUCUGUGACAGACACGACAAACAUCACCAUAUUUUACGUCUCAUGUUGUAAACAACAUGCUGACUGUAAAUACACCCUAAUUUUGAGAAUGUUUGCAAUGCUUAUAAAAGCUUAUGUUAUUGUAUAUUACACAAGUGAUGUUUUCGGUUAGUGCAUUCAUUGAUACUUGUUACACUUGGAUAUAUAAUAUAUUAAUUAACAUUAAUAAAAAUGUUACACUGUU